AUGGUAGGACAACCGCUCGACACGGUCAAGGUACGCUCGCAGAUCGCAUCACCGGGCACCUACCGUGGACCCAUGGACGUCCUGACCCGAACCGUCUCUGCUGAAGGCAUCCUCGCACUGUACAAAGGCAUGGCAUCGCCUCUCAUCGGAAUCGCAGCACAAAACGCACUCCUCUUUACAGCGUUCCAAUCGGCAAAACGUCUCAUCUCUCCUUCAACACAGGCCCUCUCGAUACCGCAGAUCGCCGCUGCAGGUGCAAUCGCAGGUGGAGUCAAUUCAAUCCUCAGCUCUCCAGUCGAGCUGUUCAAGAUCAGAAUGCAGGCACAGAUCACCUCUCGAAACUCCAACAGUGAAGUUGCAAAGUCGAAGAAACUUUCGGCGGUUGCGAAGGAGGUCUACUCGACAUACGGUGUCAAGAAUGGUGUUAUGAGAGGGUUUUGGGUAACAGUCAUGCGCGAAGUCCCCGCGUACGCCGGAUUCUACACCGGAUUCGAACUGGCCAAAGGUGGAUUCCGAACAUACCUCCCCAGCGAAACAACGCGGAAUGGACUACCCGUGUGGGCGUUGAUGCUAAGCGGAAGUUGCGGUGGAAUCUUGAAUUGGCUAGCGUGCUACCCCUUGGACGUGAUCAAAUCCCGGAUCCAGCUGAGCGACCAUCCCCUUCCCAGAGGUUUGGGAGGUCCACUGGUGCUCAAGUACGUAUCGGAGGAGGCCAGCAAGAUCUACCGAACAGAAGGUGCAAGAGCCUUCUUGGUAGGGUUGAGUCCGACAUUGUUGCGUGCUAUCCCUGCCGCUGCCGCUACUUUUACUACGUUUGAACUCGUCAAGGCCGCGUUGGACGAGUCAUGA